UCCUUUCCUCGCAUAGCCACCGACAAACACUUAUUUUCACGGCUAGUUUUUCCAUGUGCGGAGCAGAGGAGGCCACGAUCUUCUUCUCAAACCCAGCGAUCAACGUCCCCCGGUCGUCCCGAGCGACUCCGGCAACGAACCCCUCCGACGAAUCGGCUAGCCAGUACCAGGAGCCAUCGAUAUUCAUCUUCACGAAGCCCUUUCCCGGCAGCAGUGACCACGAACACGCCAAGGGCGAAGGACUAUCUUGUUCACCCACGAGGGAGAGAGGGAGAGAGCUGCUAAAGCUAAAGUUUAAAAUGGGGAGCUCAGAGGCAGGAACGUUGUCAGGAAGCGAGUAUCAAGUGUUCCUGAGCUUCAGAGGACCCGACACUCGCGAUGGAUUUACUGACUGCCUCUACCAUGGCUUGACCGAUGCUGGCAUCUGUGUCUUUCGAGACGAUGAAGAGCUCCCUAUUGGUGAAAGAAUUGAUGGAGCGCUCCCGAGAGCGAUCGACAACUCUAGGAUCUACAUCCCCAUCUUCUCUCAAACUUACGCUUUGAGCCAAUGGUGUCUCCGUGAGCUUGCACAGAUUGUGGAGAACGCCUCCAAGUCCAAUGGGCAUAAGGAGAUCCUACCUAUUUUCUUUGACGUGGAACCCAACGAUGUUAAGCUGAAAACUCCAUUGUAUCGCGAUGCCAUACUGAACUUGGAGCGCGAGAAGAAGUUGAGCACUGAACAAGUAGAUUGCUGGAGAGAGGCUUUGAAGAAGGUUGAUGCAAUAAAGGGUUGGGAAGCCAAGAAAUACAAAGGCCAAGGCAAACUAAUCAAGUUGGUCGUUGAGGAGGUUGUGAAGAAGUUAAAGAUAAAGCAAAAGUUCGUGACUGAACCUUUAAUUGGAAUCGAUGAUCGAGCGGCGGUAGUAACAAAUAUGUUAGACAUAGACUCUAGAGGUGGGCGGCUCAUUCAAAUUCAUGGCAUGGGGGGUAUCGGUAAAACUACUCUCGCCAAGGUCGUGUUCAAUCAACUUUCUACUCACUUUGGAAAUUGUUGUUACUUUCUUGAAGAUGUUCGAGAAAAGUCAUCAAGAAUUGAUAUUGAUGGCUUGGUUGAAUUGCAAAAGAAGUUAUUAUCUGAAAUAGGAAGUGCCGCAGGAAUAGAACGCAUCAAUGCAAUUGACUAUGGAAAGAAGAGGAUUGAAGAAACACUUUGCAAUAAGAAGGUCUUCAUUGUAUUGGAUGAUGUUGAUGAAAGGGAACAAGUGGAGAAAUUAGUUGGAACAGGUGCUUUGUGUUCAGGUUCUAGAGUACUGAUUACUACUAGAAACAAGGAUGUUUUGCAAGGCUCUCGACUGAAGUAUAGUAUAUUACCUUAUGAAAUGAAGGUGAUGAGUAGUGAUCAUGCGCUUCAGCUCUUCAGCAGACAUGCAUUUAACAAGGACUCUCCUCCAGAUGAUCACGAUAAUAUUUCAAAGGAAAUUGUAUCUGCUACUGGAAGCCUUCCUUUGACUAUUGCAGUAAUUGGUUCACUUCUAAACCAUGGAACACAAGACCUAUGGAAAGAAACAUUGGACAAGUUACGCAAAGCACCUCCACAGGGUGUUUUUGAAAAGUUGUGGAUUAGCUAUGAUGCAUUGACUUUUGAGGUUCAACAAAUUUUUCUGGAUAUUGCAUGCUUUUUCAUUGGUGAGGAAAUGACAAACCCAGUUUAUAUGUGGACAGAUUGUGGUUUUUCCCCAAUCUGUGGAAUUGAGGUCCUCAAAAACAAGUCUUUGAUAAAGAUUGGAAAAGACAGUGAGUUUUUGAUGCACGAUCAACUUAGAGAUCUUGGAAGGGAAAUUGUUCGUCAAGAAUAUCGAACGAAUCUGAAGGGCCUAGUAGGUUAUGGAUUGACGAUGAAGUCUUCACUACAAUGGCGACAAAGGAGAUGAAGAAAGUUCAAGCGAUGGAAGUAACUCACACAAGAAUAUCUAUCAGAAGUGAAGAGAUUGGAAGGUUUAAAGAACUAAGGUUCCUUAGAUUAGAUAGAGGAACCUUUGUUGGCGAUCUAAUGGAUUGUUUUCCCAAACUAAAAUGGAUUUAUUUGAGUGAUUCUUCGUUUUCACAGUGUAAGCUGACCAAUAUGAGCUUAAAGAAUGUGGUUGUCCUUGAAUUUUCAAGCAUUCCCAGUAUAGACGAUCAGAAAUUAUUGCAGUUAAUAAAGGGGGCAAGAAAAUUAAAAGUUCUUAGUCUUGCUAAUUGUCAUGGCAUAACUAGAACACCAGACCUAUCUGAAUGCUCAAUUUUAGAGAGGCUGACUUUUUUGAAUUGCGACGGCUUAACGAAGAUUGAUGGCUCUAUUGGGAAGUUAAAGUAUUUGAAAGAUUUAAAGUUUGAUUUUUGCGAUCGCCUUGAAGGUUUGCCUGAAAAAAUUGGGGACCUACGGAAUCUAGAGCACUUCUCUUUACAAUAUUGUUGUGCAAUGAAGGAAUUACCGGAUUUCAUAUUUAAGUGGACAUCAUUGCGGGAGUUGCAGCUUUCAAUUGCACGUCAGUGGAUUUACUGGGUGCCAUCAGAAAGUCUGAGGAUCUGAAAGCGCUUCAGGUUGAAGGAGAUUUGAAAAGUCAACUUCCUUCUGAAAUUGGCUUGCUUCUGCAGCUUCAAAUACUGGAGUUAAAAGGGUUUGAUGAAAUCCGAGAGUUGCCGGACCUCUCAAACUUGACUAUUUUGGUUAGGUUGAAACUAGAUGACGGCUCCAAAAAUAUUGAUGGACGAGAUGGAACUUAUACUGGUGAUUUAAGGUGGAUCAGGGGGUUAUCGAAACUAAAAAAUUAAGCUUGUGUCUCCUCCAUGUCCCUGCUCCCACUGAGUUGGCUUCCCUUACUCACCUUGACAAACUCCGUUUAUGUGGAUUGAACUUGCAACCCCUCAAGCAACUUCCCUCUUCUCUAUUAGAGCUAACCCUGGAUAAUUUCAAUUCAACCACGGUUCUCUCCUCCCAAUUAGAGAAUUUGUCAAAUUUAAGGCUCUGUCGCUCUCAAAUGCAAGAGAUAAUACUCGAUGGGCUUCAGCUUCCAAAUUUAAUGGAGCUUCUAAUUUUUGACUGUGGACCCCUCGAGAGAUUCAUGCUAUCCAGCAUGACAAAACUAGAAGAGGUCAACGUGGUGUGCUGCCCAAAAUUAGAUGAGAUCCACAUUGCUGGGGUGCUGGAAUCGUUGCACACAUUGGAUAUCAGUGAAUGUGAGUCCUUAAGAAGGUUCGUGUACGUUGACAGACAUUGGGAAUCUUCCCAUGAAUCUUCACUAGUCCUUGCAUCGAGAGUCUUCAAUAAGUUGUGUGGACUCCGCAUAGAGUUUUGC